AUGCAUAGCGAAGAUGAGGGGAUAUAUGAUUGUCCUUUUGACAUAGAUACCCAACUCGCAACAAAGAAUGGGCCGCUCGAAACUGUGGAGUAUUUCAAUUUCUUCGAUUUGAUGUAGAACCGAUUUUGCCGUGUCGUAGUUUUUCAAAAACAUCUUCAGGUAUUCAUGCGUCGUAACUACUCUGAAGUCAACGAAAGAAUUCUGUCCUCAGGUUCAUGCUUCAGCCCAACGACUGGAUAGACGGCGCAUCGGAAUACAUCGAACUCCAAGCAGCUUUUUUCAAUGCAGAAGUGCGACUCUACUCCUUCGCAAAACUCAGAUUCACAUUCGAAAAAGGAGGAUUCAUGCACAAAACUGUGAAGGUACGCCUAAUUCAGUACUCAAAAAAUACGGGCACUAGCUUCAAGAUCCAUAUUGUAAGACCCAUUCAGAUUGAUUAGUAGCUUAGCAAGAAAAGGUCUGGCAGAUGAAAUUAUGCGCCUUUCAAUUUUUUGCUUGAACCAUUCAACUACAUCAAGCAGGUAAAUGCGCUCUCGGAGAAUUUGUACCCGAGUUUUUGGUACAUAGUCCCUGAUCUUAUUUUUCUGGGGAUGGUAAGCACACUGGCCUAUCAGGAAGGUGGAGAGGUGAUACACUUUAAGGAUGUGGAGAGAAAUUCAUCGCGGUCUCGACCAGAAUCAUCUUUCUAGAUGAAGGACACAGGAAGAUGAAGCGGCUAGGUCUUCAGAAGAUGAAGAUGCUUCCUCAGACGAUGGGUUUCCUUUCGUGCAUUGCCGGCUAAUCAUAGCAGAAAUACCGGGCUUCUUAAGUAUUACCUGAGCGAUUUCUGGAACCUCAUCGAUUGGGUCUCAAUUCUUGCGGGUUUCGGAAUUUCCUUCCUAUGGUUCCAGAUGGUGAUUGCGACAGGUCUUCUUGGCGACCAACUUGCGGAAAUGGUACCAGCCCCAGCCGUCAUCACACAAUCCUAUCGUGCGAAAUGGGGUACUAUCAAUCUCAUGUUUCAAAGAAGUGUCAGCCUCUUUAUCAUGACCAGGAGCGUACUUCAUGCUUGCUCAGGCAAAUGAUAGUCCUGCCUUCCUCCAACUAGAUUUUUUCAAUCCUAAGAUGAAAUAGAAACGAGUCUGUUUCUUGCCAGGUAAGAUCCUCGACGAGUUGGAUACGUUGGGCACGACACAAGAAGUGCAAUUCAUGCUUCUCUACUGGUACACGCUGGUUCUGAUGCUUCGAUUUUUCAAGAAUUUCCAGGGGCAACCACGUUUGAGUCAGAUCUCAAGUACAUUGAUGAAGUCACUGGGUGACAUGGUUCACUUUAUCAUUGUUUUUGCAGUCGUACUCAUCAACUUCGCUAUCGGCGGGAACCUCAUGUUUGGGACGAGCAGCGAAGUACUCUUACAGAUACUUAUAAUAACAAAUAGAUACAUACUGUAGUAAAAGACAAAUAGAUUUUUUUGUUUGAGGACGAGGUAGAUGCGCAGAAUGACGGAGGACGGUAGGGUAGUGCCAGUACUUGGAUGACUUCUUUGGUAGCUCGACAUAUUACGUCGUAGCACUGCGUAGGCUAACGAGAGCUCUACGAAAGAUGACUCGAUGCAUGUUAGUACCAACAAAUUUCUCUUUAAUAUCUAGUACUCCUCUAUCCAUACACGCAAUCAGAACUGGGCAACGAUCAUGGACAGUGUGAAUACGAGCAUGAUGGCGCUAUUGGGAAACAUCGAUAUGGACCAACUAAUGCAGAUAUCACCCAUUACCGCCUAUCUCUGGUUUUGGAGUUUCAUGGUCGUGAACUUCUUCGUUCUUUUGAACCUCCUGGUGGCCAUCGUCUUCGACCAUUACUACAAGUAUUCAACUUCAAACCUAGUCUACCGCAUCAAGAGCUCGUGUACUAGGUACAAGUUAGUGUAAAUCUGCAUGGUGUACUACCUCUUGUCACUCCUCUGCGCUGGACCCUGCAUUUUCUACUUUCAUUACAGAUGAUGAUCUUUCGCUUUUGUGACAGAAAAAUCAAAUCUAAACGAUAAUUUCAUUACACUGCAACAUACCUCUUUUCUUAGUUUCCGAGAUACCGUCGGCGAAACACAGGGUCUCGGGAGUCAAAUCUGGGAUGUCAUGGGGGAAAAGAGCUGGAGCAUGGAUUGGUAUUUGCAGCGGAAGCAAUACCUGAAAAAAGGGAUAAUACCCAAGCCGGAUUAUCUUGUCUUCGAGUUCACGAUUCGUGGGAGGACUUUCGGUAUAGAUCCAGCACGUUUUGGUUAUCUAUGGUUGGACGAGCAGAUGGGCUACGAGGACGUCUAUGAGGCUUUAAUGGAAGAAUCCCCUGAGGGACCGCAGUACGGCAGGCCAACACUUAUGGCUACCUCUUCUCAUGAUCAUGAAAACGAUUGGUCAACAUGCAAGUUGUAGAAGAAAAUACACAAUGAGUCUAGUUCUCGAUAUGGUGAGAGGAGCAGGAAAAUGCUUACGUCAAUAUUUGGAGUACAGAUUUUUGAUAAGAAAAGGCGGCGUGCAGUGAGCUACAGGAUGAUUCACUUUUUCUCCUGGCAAAGCAAACACAAGGAAUACUUCCUUGCAUGCAUUUGUUUCUAAGGAUUUCCUGGAGCAAAUGCAGAAGAAGCGCAACGCAGAUCGACAAGCGUUUGAGGAAAGCCUGCGGAAGGAUGGGAAGAUCUUUAGUCGUUCGCCAGCCAAAGAGGCAGAAGGGGUUGCAGGAUCGUGUCCGGGUACUGAGGGUGCCCAUGCGUCGCCGUUCGACUUGGAAAUGUCAGAUACGGACUUCGAGUCACACGCGGACGGCCGCGGCACGACAACGUAUGGAGGCAGCAAAGGUAGUAGCUACGUCCCGCCACGCGAACGCGUAGGCCAGAACAUGGCGAAACAUGAAACGGACAGGCGUAAGAUCAUUGGAGCCGGCCGGAGACGGACGAACAGCAAGCCGAUGCGGGGUCUUUUUGCCAUUCGUGAGGAGGGAACGUUGCGCAGCACGAGCAAGAACAAAAACAUUGAGAAGUUGCGGAGCGCCAUGACCGCGAAUAACAUGCACAUGUUACGAAAUUCGAUGAACAUUGCCAAUGAGCAGAUGAACAGAGGGGUUGGAGGAUACGACUCAGAGCAGAUCACGGGCAUUCACCCCAAUCACGGGGUCUUCGGCGAAGGGCAUCAUCGUAUGGCGGAUGACGACGACGAAGACAGCAAGCCCAUUUUAGUCGGUGACGGCGAAAGUAGCGGCGGGAAGGAGUCCUCAGCUGCAGGCCGUGAUGCGGCCGAAAAAAAGGAAGAAGGAAGUGAGUCACCAGGAGGUGGGUUAGAUCAUAGUGGCUCUGGUGCUGGGACAUCAGAAGGCGAGGGAUCAAACAAGGACGACGCAGCAGACGCGAGUGGGGACCCAGAUGUUAGGAAAAAGAAGACCAUGUCAGCUUUCCAGAGGCACGAAGAGCAGCUUGCGUACCUUCGGGAGCAGAUAGGCGUCGCAGAACUUGAAGUAAAAAGCAUUCCUUAUAACUUUUCGGGGUCAGGUCCAGGUGAAUUCCGAAGGUAAUAUCAGUCGUCGUCUAAGAAAAUUGCCUGAGUGCAAUUCAUGAGUCUUCAUCCAAUAUUCAAUAACCUAUGAAUCGUUCUGCAGGAACUUGGUGUGGAGCCUCGCUUCGCACGGCACUUGAUGUUGAGGUGUAAAAAAUUUGUGCUAGACGAAACGGGUUACGAGGAGAAGCGAAAGCAGGAACUCACGAGUCUUGCACGCAAUGCGGCAGAUUUACUUAAUGACAUUCAACACGAAACAGUUGCCUUAGUGAAGCAAGUCAACCUGGUGCUCGAAGGAGUUUGCAAGAGCUGUGCGGAUCUUUCGAUGGAUGUCGACGGAACACACAUGAAACUCGCGAAUCUACAACGGCAGCGCGGCGUCAUGGCAUGUCGCGGUACUCUAAUGAACCGCCGUGUUUCUCUCGUUGCAGAUCCAUAUUAUUAUACAUAGGACACAGAUGAUAGUCAUAGUUUCCACCUAAGACAAGUUUAUUCUAAAUUGAGGUCGACGAACGUCAGCGUGAUUGAUGUAGUAGAUACUUUCAAUUUAGAUUUUUAGGCGCGGGCUAUUCGCGCAAGAACAACAAUUUGUUUAUCGUUAGACAUGCACUCCAGGUACCGCGGUUGCUGCGUUACCGUAUUCAGAGCAGCUGUGGAACCAAGGAAAGAUGACCAAGACCGUUCCCGGUUUGCAAGAAGAGGAAGACAAUCGAAGGAAUGCGGCCCUUGAGCUGCUCGGCGGGGUUGGAGCAAAAAAGGCUUUCAAGGCUCUUCUUCCGGUUGCAGCUGCAUCUUCGGCGAAGGGGUAGAAGUGGUCGCGAUUAGCAGAGAAUAUAAUGUAACAAAUAAAAGCUACGUCCCUAAUCCAAUUCCAAUCUUCUAUUGAUACAAGCAGAGAAUCUACUGCUAUGGCCAUAUGAGGCUACAGACAGUAUUAACAUCUCUACUCACACAAAUUCCAAUCCAUUAGCACAUCUAAAUCUAACACGGGCUGACAGGGAAGGAAUAGCAUCUUGUACUUUCUCAGGUACUGAAUUAUUUUUGAGAAAAGUUGGACUUGGACUUGACAUAACACUGUACAUAGGGAGAACUUCUUUUUCUUGGGUUAGAAUAAACGAUUCUCAGCAACUAUAUCUGAUGGAUAACUCUUAAGCCGACGUUGAAAUUACCCGAAAGCAACACCACGCACACUAUAACCAUAUCCGAAGCCUGAAGCAGCAUAUGACUUCAGUUCUAUCCUGCUGCAUGCAUCAAUUACUUCAAGCGUGAGCAUUCUAACUGUUUCCAUAUGUUGUAAAUGUACUCGGUUUCGCCUUGACGGAGUGUGAUAUCUAAAGAAGAAUUCAAAGGUUUUUUUUUCGUAAAUCGAUCUGACUGUUUUUGGGCGUUAUCCAUGAAAGGUUAGUUACCUCCCAGUCGGCCUUUCUGAGAAGAAGCAUUGGC